CUCAUCACUACAGGCGUGCAUCUCAUCUGGCUGAAUAGACUUUGUUCAUCACAGCAUCUCUGUUAAUUCUGUUCUCUUCUGCCUCAAAACUGCAUUUUCUUAGAGAAAAGGCCAAGAAACUGCAAACUGUAAAAUGAUACCAUCCCACUUCCAAAUUUAAGUGUUACACUUCUAAUGAUGUUAAAUCAAGUGGUAGCCAUUAGUCAGUCUAUUGAUUGUAAAUGAAGUGAUUUUGUUUGUUUUUGUUGGUGUUGUUUGUUUUUCUUGGUUUUGUAGGUUUUUUUUGUGGGGGUUUUUGGUUUUGUUUGUUUAAAAAAAUGCUUGAAAGAGGCUUGUAUUCAACACAACUCAGACAGAUAAUAAUAGUGGUUAUGUUUUUCAUGUAAGAAACUCCAAAAUCAUAUCUAGCAUGCAGCUGCCUGGUUUACUCUGGGGGUAGGCUGGAGGCUGGGAAAUUGUCUCUGAUUUCAGCCAAGGUAAAUAAUCUGAUAACAGAAUGCCCUUUAAACUCGGGACUCAGGAGGUUGUGAUGGGAACAGUGAUCAGCAGGUUUAAAUCGUUCCAUAAGCUUGUUGCCUGAUUUCACUGUAAAACAAUAAAUUGCUGAUGGUAAAGUGUGGAAAGUAAAAUGGAAGUAGAAUAUUGCCAGUCUUGUGCUAAGGUAUUUGGAGAACUAAAAUAAGUGAAAAAUAAUUUUUUCAGUGAAUUAACUUGUUACAAAAUGCUAUAGACAUUAAGGCAUUUGUUGAAUACCUUUGAAAACUCAGUUAAUUAUUUACAAAAGGAAGUUUUCACAGGUAGUGGAAAMUGUUGAUGGAGGCAGUAAUGAAGAUGAGAUUUAAAAGCUGUUUUUUCUUCCUAGUCAUGAUGUAUUCAGGCAAACUCUUUGCAGAAGAUACACCUUGUGAUUUACCACAUAUAGAAAAUGGAAACCUUGCCCAGUACUAUUACAGUUUCAAAAGUUACUAUUUCCCUAUGCGUAAAGGAAAAAAGCUCUCCUAUUCUUGUAUGGUUGGUUACACAACUGAAGCUGGGACUCAAGAUGAAAGAAUAACUUGCACAGCAAAAGGAUGGUCUCCAGUGCCACGAUGCUACAGAAAAUGCAACAAGCCUCUUUUGGAGAACGGCUUUUUUUACAGUACAGAAAUGGACUUCAAAAUCCAUGAGAAACUGGAAUACAAAUGCAAUCCAGGCUACCACACUCCAAGUGGUGAUACUGAGGAUACAGUGCAGUGUCAGCCACAAGGGUGGUCCUUCCAGCCAAGCUGUACUAAAAAACUUGAGUCAUGCCAAGUGCCCAAGUUAGCUCACGGCAGCUACUCCCKAGCCCUGCAGGAGGUGCAGCUGAACGGGACACUGCGGUACUCGUGUGAYGCGGGAUAUCAAACUGCAGCAGGGAACACCUCUGAGGCAGCRCUGUGCCUCGCCCACGGCUGGGCCCUGACCCCCAGCUGCACCAGAGUAACUUGCUCCUCUUUGAGUGAAGUAGCUCAUGGAGGUUUCCAUCCUGUGAAGAAAAUCUAUGAAGAGGGAGAUGUAGUUCACUUUUUCUGUGGCAAACAUUAUUCUGUCACUGGAUUUGACUUAAUCCAAUGUUAUAGUUUUGGGUGGUAUCCAGACCCUCCCGUGUGUGAAGAUGUAAAAAAUAAAUGUCCUCCACCACCACUCCCUCAUGGCCAUGUCAUCACAGCCAGAAGGACAUAUCAUAAUGGAGACAAAGUUCGUGUAUACUGUCAAGGGACCUUGGGAAUGAGAGUAUCUGAGGAAAUCCAGUGUGAAGGAGGGAAAUGGACACCACCCUCUUCCUGUAUUGGAACUGUGGAUAAACAGGAAUCUGAGGCACCACCACCACUCGAGGCAGAUGCAGAAAGAAGGACAAGCCAAAUGCAUCUCAAUGAAGAUAUGAAAAUGCAACAAGACUGUGCCUCUCCACCUGUGAUUAAAAAUGGCGGUGUUCUUGGCCCAUUAUUGGCAAGCUACAAAAAUGGUUCUUCAGUAGAAUAUGGUUGUCAGCAUUACCACUUUUUGGAUGGGCCCAGUACUGUUUACUGUGAUCAUGGAAACUGGACAGAACAACCAACCUGCUUAGAACCAUGUACUCUUAACGUAACUGAUAUGGACAGCAACAAUAUAAAGUUGAAAUGGAGACAGGAAGAAUUAAUUUUCCUACAUGGMGACCUCAUAGAGUUUGAAUGUAAACAGGGAUAUGAUUUUCUGCUGACUGCCAUUCCAUCUGCUGGGAGGACACAGUGUGACCACGGCAGACUGAAAUAUCCCAAAUGUGUUAUUCAAGCUGGAGCUCUUACKCUCCCAGCACUGCCCCAGUAUGACARUGGUUCUUCAGUCCAGUAUAUUUGCUCUGACUAUCAUUUUUUGGAAGGCUCUGAGAGAAUCUACUGCUCUGAAGGACAGUGGACUUUGCCCCCAGUUUGUAUAGAGCCAUGUACCCUGUCAAAAACUGAAAUGGAGAAAAAUAAUGUGCUGCUGCAAGCAUUCUAUGCGGAUCAAGUUCACUUUUACCAUGGGGAUUAUGUUGGAUUUUACUGUAAACAGAACCAUUUUGGAGCAGAAUCUGGCAGAACUUUGUUUCAAGUACAGUGCAAGAGRGGGCAGCUGUCAUACCCAAGGUGUGUUGAAAGAGGAGCACAAAUAUGGAGUUGAGGAAAGCCUGCAGGAAAGGUAUGUACCUGUUCUUGAUCUCCUAUCAGCAGCUGAAUUAGGUUGGCCUCGUGUUCUCCAGGUCACUGCAGGCAGCUUUGGGAACGAGUGCUCAGGGUCUGUUGCUGGGUCUGAGCUGGAGAGGGAGAAAAGGGAAAGGCCUUUGUGGGACAGCAGGAGCAGUGCAGCACAGGGAUGCAACAUUGGCAUCCACAUGGAAAAAUCUGAGGAAGGAGUUUUGUAAGGCCUCCAGGGAUAAAUGUGAGGGUGCAUCACAACCUGCAGGACAUGAGCAAAGUGCCA